CCAAAAGCGGGAAAGAAUAAACCAACUUUAAAUGCAGGUUGACCCGGAUUAUGACGACAGUCCUUACGAAAAGGAUGCGAGAUAUGAACCGCAAUAUCCGCCUACCGUUGAGCUAAUGGGAACUCAUCCGGUGGUGUACAGUGCAAAUGGCUCGCAUGGUCUUUGGGGAUCACCAGACGUGCAUACCUACGUCCCGGGUUUACCUCUCCAGGACUUCACCGAUGAAGGAAUCGCUUGGACAACAUGGGAUAACCUUAUUCUCAUUCCGUGGUUGCCGAGCAACAUUAGCUACGAAGGAAAUUUGAACUGGUUAAGUUUUCUUGGGGACUGGGGUAACAGCGCUGAAGGAUGUGAAUACGAAAUUGUUACGGGUGAGUGUGAACUCGGUUCGGGGCCCAGUGGUCCAAGAAGCAAAGUUGAUUUCCCAGAACCACAACCUAAGACAUCUAUGGACAACUGAUAACUGAUGGCCCUACAGAUACUGCAACACAGAGAAAACAUAUUUCUAUGCGGAGUCACGCUUUGCGUAUAGGUUUGCAUUUACUUGCUUUAAAUAAAAUUUAACAAAAGAUUAAUAAAUAGCACAAGUCAGA